AUGCCGCCGCCGCCGGCGCCGCCGCACUGGAUGCGCGCGCGCGUCGACCGCGCGCCGCCGAAGCGAACGUCGAAGCCGCCCGCGGACCCUCACCAGCGCAUCGCGGACGUCGUCAAGCUGCUGUGCGAGGCGGCUUCGGGCGGUCCAGCAGAAUCGGACGACGACCUCCUCGUCGCGCUGAAACGCGCGGUCAGGCGCGACGACGACGCGAUGCGACGCGCGCACGCGUCGCUGAUGCUCGCGCUGAAGCACAAGGAGUGCUCGCAUCGGACGCGCGCGGUGACCAUCAUCGACGCGCUCUUCGUCCGGUCGCACCUGUUCCGAUGCCUCGCCGUGGACGACCUGUCGUCGUUCCUUCGACACGCGAUCGGCGUCGACAACACCGACGCGAAGCCGCUGCCGCCAUGGCCCGUCGCGGAGACGGAGAAGCUCCGCGAGAUCUCCGCGAAGGCGCUGGACGCGUGGACGACGCGCUUCGCGAGCGCGCACCCGCGGCUGGUCGUCGCGAGCGCGUUCGCGCGCGACGCCCUCGGCGCCGACGCUCCGGACGCCGUCGCGGCGGCGCGACGCGCCGUCGCCGACGAGAGAGCGCGGCGGACGGAGGAAGGCGUCCUCAAGCGAUGGCGCGCGUUCGAGCGGGAGGAGCUCCCGGAGCUGAGACGGGACGUCGGCGAGUGCGUCGUCGCCAUCGACGCGUGCGUCGGCAUGCUGUUGGGCGCGGAAGGGGGGACGGGCGGGGGAAGCGAGGAGGAGGACGACGACGACGACGAGGACUGGGAAGACGUCGAGGGCGCUCCCUGCCCCGCGGCGACGACCGCGAAGCGAGAGCCCGCGCCGCCCGCGAUCGUCGCGGCCGUCCCGACCAUCGCGUCGUCGUCUCACCACUCGACGUCGUCGAUUCAGAUCACGGAGACGGAAGACAACGCGGUCGUGAUGCGCGAGUUGAUCGCUCUGUGUCGCGCGGGCGCGUCGCGGCUCGCGCCGUCGUUAUCCGCCGCGCUCGCGUUGCUCGCGCGGGUGAAGCCGUCCACGGCGGCGGCAGCGCGCGCCUCCGGGACCAGAACCGGGACCGGAAUCGACGCGGAGGAGGGCAUCGCGAGCGAGGAGAGGGCGAGCUGGGUGAACACGCUCGCGGCGGCGAAGCGGAAGCUGACGCGCGCGCUCGCUCGAUGCGCGGCGCUGGGCGUCCCGGGGGCGGCGGACGCGUCGAGGGACGAUCUCGGAGAUGUGAACCGUCGCGAGAUGCGAACGGACGCCGCGGACGACGACGCCGAGGGCGAGGACGAGGACGAGGACGAGGACGAGGAAGGGAGCGUGACGAUACGCGUCCCGAGGCUGCCGGAGGCGAGCGACGGGGUGCCCGUCGGCGGCGCCGGCGGCGGGAAGGACGGCGACGACGACGUUCUCGACGCGCUCCUCGCGAGGGUCGCGGCGAGACGGAAGAAAUACGCCGGGAGGGGGAAGGGGGGAGGUCACGGAGGUGGUGCCGCGGGCGCGAACGCGAACGCGAACGCGAACGGCGGCGGCGGUGGACGCGGAGGCGCGGGGGGCGCGGGGGGCGCGAAUUCUGUGAAGAACCGCGCGAAGAAGAUGCUCGCGGCGACGAUGGCGAAGCACAACGCGGACGUUCUCGCGGAGCUCGGCGCCGCGGGUCAGGACAGGCGCGAGUUCGUCUCCGGCGCCGCGGGAGUGUACGCGCGGAGGAGGGCGGAGGAAGCGAGCGAGGCCGCGGCGAUCGCGUUGGCGCGAGAGGAAGCGAAGGAGGCGAAGAGAAGACGCGAGGCGCCGACGCCGAAGCAGCGGAUCGAGGCGAGACUCAAGGAGUUGAAGCGGCGGCGGCGGUGA